AUGGUUGGGUAUUACUUGGCGGCCACGCAAUUGUUGAGCUAUUGGGAUUCUGAAGUAUCAGUUAAUCAUGUUCCCAGGGAAUCUAAUCUGGCGGCCAACAAGAUGGCGCAAAUAGCCUCGGGAGUACCAAUCCAGGAAAGGAGGUAUGGAGUAGAUGUCGAGAUUCAAAGGAGAAAUCUUCCUUCUAUCCUAGAAAGGGGAUUCAGUAUAGAUGUAAUGGUUCUAGAAACCGAGACGGAAGACUGGAGAUCGCCUAUCAUUCAUCAUUUGAAAGAUCCUUCUUCACCCACAAGCAAGAAUAAUAGACAGCAAGCAACUAAGUAUGUCUUAUGGGAGAAGAACCUGCUAAGGAAAAUGUAG